AUGGCAUUUGGCUACAGCUGCUGUCACGCGGGGUACUCGUACUGCGGCGCGUGCGCAGCGUUCGCCUACAGACAAGUUAGCCCCGUUGUUGUCAAGCGCAUCUUCAUCCUGGGUCCCUCCCACCACGUGAGGCUCGGAGGCUGCGCCCUCUCGUCUCUGGAUAAGUAUCAAACUCCACUCUACGAUCUCACCAUUGAUAAACAAAUUUACGCGGAACUAGAAGCGACCCGUCAGUUUGAAUGGAUGGACGUGCAGACGGACGAAGACGAACAUUCGAUCGAGAUGCAUCUGCCGUACAUAGCUAAAGUUAUGGAAGAAUACCAGACAGGAUUUACAAUCAUACCUAUCCUAGUUGGCUCUUUGACCCCCGAAAAGGAAGCGAAAUACGGGGCGAUUUUGGCCCCCUACCUGGCAGACCCCCAAAACCUGUUUGUGAUCUCUUCAGAUUUCUGCCAUUGGGGGUCUAGGUUUAGGUAUACGUGGAAAGAUAAUUCUAGGGGUCAUAUCUACCAGAGCAUUGAGUGGUUGGACAAACAGGGUAUGGACAUUAUUGAGAAGAUGGAUCCGCGCGUAUUCACCGACUACCUCAACAAGUACGGGAACACGAUAUGCGGUAGACACCCCAUUGGCGUGCUUCUACAGGCCAUAGCCAAGUUACGCAGUUCGUCUAAUUCGCCUCGGAUGUCAAUGAAAUUCUUAAAAUACGCUCAAUCCUCCCAGUGUAUGAACUCGCAAGAUUCUUCCGUCUCCUACGCCAGCGCUUCCUUGGUUAUUGAGUAGGACAUUUAAAGAAAUUGAGGCAAGUUUUUCUAAUUGAUAUUUUUAGAAUGUAUUUUUAGCAUACCGUGAAAUCUAUUUCGUUUUCGUUCCGAAGCAAAAUGGU